GAAAUUGUGUUUCAUCUGGGUGUAUAUUUCGAACAACUGGCACGUGAAAAAAGAAUCGAAUCCUAUAGACUUUGGUCAAUCUUGGAUCACUUUAUUGAUAUUUUAGGCAGUCUUGAAAGGAUUAGUAACACGCCCAUUCCCUUAGCUUACAGAGUUCAUUUGAAGCAAGCUGUGACUUUGUACGUUUGGUUACUUCCAUUCACUCUUGUCGAUAUACUUGGAUGGUUAACUAUUCCAGUUAUCUUUGUAAUCUCUUUUAUUCUUUUUGGUGUUGAAGCAAUCGGUUCGGAAAUUGAGGAUCCAUUUGAAUUAAAUCGAAAUUACACAAAUUAUUUAUUAAUAGCAAUAUUUUGGACUUUAAAAAGUAGUUUAGCCAGAAACACUAACUUAAGUCGGUAUGAUGUAAAUGAUUUGCCAUUGGACGAGUACUGCAAGGAUUUGGAAGCCGAAAUUAAAUAUUUAUACUGUUUUCUUCCAACGGGACAAGCUGAACAUUCAUAA